CAGAGCUUUGAGGCUGUAAACUACUUUGUUUUACUACUAUCACUGUUUUUUUUUUUUUUAUACAUGUGGCGUAUUCAGAUACCUGUCAUACAUGUUUUAAGGACUUGCACAGGUCAGACUUUUAAAGACACUUUAGAAACAACAACAAGGUAGUAGGUGUGUGUUCUGAUUGUAGAGAAUGGAAAAUUCCUAAAACAGACACUAAAUAAGAUGAUGUAUGUAAAUGUCAAUGGUAGGCCUCUGCGACAUUCUCUGUUAUGGAAACUAUUAAUCCUGGGUGUUGUCAGACUGAGGUUAAGCGAGGGGUUGACUGUGGUCAGUGGUUACUGCACUCUCCUGUCAAGAGCCAAAUGAAUAGUCUUUGGAGGCAUCACUGUUUACCUUGGAAGAGCAGGUUGUGUUCUGAGAGUUUCACCGUGUACUGUUAACUUGUCCAAUGUACUAUUUGGAAUAUUUUGGGAUUCUACUGUCAUGAAUAAAUACACAUGAUAAACCCCUAAUAAAAUGACUAGACAUCAUCUCGACUCGAACAUGAAAACGCACACACAUUUUGAAAGAUUUAGUGUGUAUUCGUGUUGUAACUGACCACAUAGAGAGGGUAUGUCUGCAGGUUUCACCCCACAGUGAAAAUCCCAGUUUGGUUUAACACUCAGCCAGUGGCACCUGCUUUGCUAAGCUGUGAGUGUGAAGAUGUACACAUUGCAGACAAUAUGUGUAAGCAAUGCAUCACAGUUAAUGUGCGUACAAACAGUAUUGUUUGUACAGGGUGUAAAACGGGUUCAUUGUCCACUUCUCAGAGUUCAUGUUUGUUUUCAUACAUAGAUGCUAGUGGAGCUUCGCCAAACAUGGUUGGCUCCGGCAUGAACUGUCUACCAACCCUGUCUCUUGUUUGGAAAUGACCCAAGGAAAGUCUGAUUCGGGUCAGGAGAAGACUUAGAGCUGACAGUGGAUCACAAAUGCAUGUGUCAACCCACAUGACUAGAAUCUAUCACAUGUGUAUGAAACUGUAUUCCAGUAUCUGUUUUUUGCCACCUGUCUAUCUUCCAUCUCCUCCACAAAUAUCUGUUUUCCACCUGAUGUUAGCAGACAGUUAUGAAAGGGUGAGGUGACAAGAUGGAGCAGGGCGGGUCUGUGUUUUUCAUGGUGCUAAGAAACGAGGACCUCUGUUAACAAUGUGAGAUUUUUUUUUUUUUACCUCUCCGCCUCUUAGAUAUUCCUUUUCCUCCUGCUCUCUCUUCAUAUAAGCAUUCACUCUGAGUUGGGGGCAAGUGAAAUGUGGUUAAAGAAACUGCACUACAGCUUUUGCUACAUGUGGUUAUAGGGAUAAAUCGUCUCUGUUAAACAAUUUCUUCCACAGUUUCUUUCCUUUGGCAAUACCGUCUCUCCUUUCUCUGGACUUCAGUCUUGAAGAUUUUAAAGUUUUGGACUUAUUUCUACAAGAGCUCAAACUGAGUAAACUUUUAACAAUGCAGAUGCCAGCGAUAUGGAUCACGUUCAUUUGUCUGUGUGGCACAGUUUUUUGUGGACACAACUCUUUACACAACAUGGAUUUAUACUUGGAAACCUCUUCUGAGUCACAUGAAUUAGAAACGGCAGCCGUUCAACAAACAGAAGUUGAUAGAGUGACCUCACUAGAUACAUAUGCUUCGAGUCGAACUCUCCCGGCAGAGGAGAAUGGGAUUGAGCAUCUCCAGAUGGAGGCAGGGCAGCAGAGGGAGCAUCAAGGAGCCGAUUUUAGGACGCUGGAGGCCAGACAAAGGAGAGGUGUCUGGUGGAUGAGGAAGCAUGCAAACGCAGUGGAAGCCAGUGCCUAUAGAAUAGCAGGGCUGGGGGAGCCUCUGACGGGCUGGAAGAAGCGCGGGAAAGGAGAGAAGGAGACCAGCACCCUCAUGACUGAACUGAAGGAGCUCCAUGAUGAGAAGCAACGACUGAUGGAUCAAGGGAAUGCAGGAGAGGGAGAGGAGGAGGAGGAGGAGGAGGAAGAAGAAGAGGAGGAAGAAGAAGAUGAUGACGAUGAUGAUGAUGAUGACGAUGAUGACGAUGAUGACGAUGAUGAUGAGGAGGAAGAAGAAGAAGAGGAGGAGGAGGAGGAAGAAGAAGAGGAGGAGGAAGAAGAGGAGGAGGAGGAAGAAGAAGAGGCAACGGAGAUCCCCAGCAAUCAAACAGAAACAUACUCCACUUUUACAGAGUCUCCUCUUAGAGAGUGUCAGACUGCUGACAGAGAAAUCAGCUGCAGGGGCGUCGGCAUGACUCACCUGCCAAUCAUCCACAACCUGCUGGCCACCAAUCUGGACAUGGCAGAGAACAACAUCAGAAUCAUCACCCCACAAGAUUUCUCUGGCGUGCCAAACCUGGACACGCUGGACCUGAGUAAAAACAAACUGGAUGAUGAGUCGUUGAGCAGUAACCCGCUGUCUGACUUGACCUUUCUGAAGAAGCUGAACCUAGAUGGCAACAAGCUAACCAGGAUCCCAGUGCUGCCUCCAUCUCUGGAGCAGCUCAGGAUCAACAACAACCAGCUCAGUACACUCACCCCUCACUGUUUCAAAGGUUUGACAAACCUGUUGAUUCUGGAGCUGGAGGAAAACAUCCUCCAUGAAGGCAGUGUGUCGCCGCUUACUUUCCGGCCACUACAGAGACUUCUGGACCUCCAGUUGGACAACAACCGCUUCCGUUCCCUUCCUCUGGGCCUUCCUCCCUCUCUGCAGGAGCUGGAGAUAAAUGCAAAUCAGAUUGAGGAGGUGACAAAGGAGGCACUGAGAGGCUGUGUCCAUCUGAGAGUGCUGGACAUGAGUCACAACCUGCUGCAUGAGCAAGGCAUCGCUACCAAGGCCUGGUCCCGUCUCAACACCCUGGAGUCCUUGGACCUGUCCUACAACCGGUUCACCUCUGUCCCGAUGAAUCUGCCACGCCGUCUCCAGAAACUGUCCCUCCAACACAACAACAUCAGUCACAUCACCGCCUUCACCUUCCGUCACAUGCGGUCGAGCCUACAGUCCCUCCGUCUAUCUCACAAUGCCUUGAGCAAUGAGGGCUUAGAGCGGGUCUCUCUUGUUGGAGCGUACCGCUCACUGGGUGAGCUCCUGCUGGACAACAACCAUCUGAGUCAAAUCCCUCGCUGCAUUCGCCAGUUUAAGAACCUGAAGUUGCUGAAACUAGACAACAACCAAAUCAGGCUGGUGAGGAAGUGGGGAGUGUGCCACCCUGGUAAUGCUGGCUCCACCUUGGCUUCCAUCCACUUGGAAAACAAUCUGCUGGAGGUGGAGAAGAUCCCCCCAAAUGCCUUCUCCUGUCUCUCGGAUGCUCAGGGACUGGUCCUCUAUCCACAAAAGGGGCACUCGUAUCACAAAUAGGCUGCAAAGUUGGACAAACUAAGAUGGACAGAUUCCCAAAUACAUGUACAUGCAUAAUCAUGGCAUACAGCCACUCAAUAUUUCUGUAGGCAGGGUCUACAGAAAAAUAUCUCUAUCAUGUAGUUUACUUCAGUCAGUGCUAUCAUGUUAUUGUCCCAAAACCUGUCUUUCUCUUUCACUUCUCACCUUUGAUUAGGAGAAUAACAGUGAUGUGUUUGUAUGUAAUUUAUACAGUAAUGGAAAGAAUCAUUAUGUAAAAGGUCAAUACAUGACGGUUGUUUCCAGAUCUGCUCCAAACACCGGCCUAUAUCUGUCAAUUCAUUCAAGUAAGUGACACCUUUGAGGAAAUGGAGAAAAGCUUAACCUAGUCUCAGUCUGGGGCUUGCAGGUGGAGCCUUUAGUCAGGUAAUGUAGAAACAAUGUGAGUGUGUUUUGAUUUGGGACACAGAGGGGUCAAAUCUUGGGACUGCAGCACGGGGGUCACUGAGAGAAAGUUAAAAUAUCUGGUGACACAGUGUGAACCUAAGGGGCCCAUUAGGAAAGAAAAUAUAAACAUCACGCAGGUUUCCUAUCACCAGAUGAUUUCCAACAUAAACAUCCACCACCAGCCGCUCAGCAAAAACACA